CAAUCCGCUUAGGCCACACGUCUAUCCGCUGCGUCGCCGGCCGACUCGUUCAACCCGGUCCACAAUCCUCCAACUCAUUCGCCGUCGCCCGUUCAGUUCAGUCACUCGACCCGCACGUCGCCGGUCCUUCAUCGAAUCUUUUUUACGCUUUCUCCCAAACUGAUUUCGCCGGCCCGGCUUCAAUCGACAAUGGUCAAAACGGCGUUGCUCGGCAUCGCCACCCUCGCCCUCGCCGUCUCAGCGUCCGUCAGCGAUGUCCUGGAGUUCACCGACGACGACUUCUCCACCAGGAUCAAGGAUCACGAAUCCGCCCUCGUCAUGUUUUACGCACCCUGGUGUGGACAUUGUAAAAAACUAAAGCCCGAAUUUGAAAAAGCUGCCUCUUUGCUUGUUGACAACGAUCCUCCAGUGGCUUUGGCAAAGGUAGACUGUACAGAAGGAGGCAAGAGUACUUGCAACGAAUUUUCAGUUUCUGGAUAUCCUACGUUGAAACUCUUUAAAAAUGGAGAAUUCUCCAUGGAUUUCAAUGGACCCAGAGAUGCAAAUGGGCUUGUGAAAUACAUUAAAACUCAAGUAGGACCGAGUGCCAAGACUCUUGUUACCAAUGACUGCGUUGAAGCAUUUUUGGGUGAACCGGACCUCGGCGUCGUCGGGUUUUUCUCAACGAAUUCCCCUCUCAAAAAAGCUUAUCUCAAAGUUGCUGAUGCAAACAGGGCUAAAUUCAGAUUUGGCGUGACCGAAAGCAAAGACGUUUUGCAGAAAUAUGAAGCCGAAGACACCAUUAUGCUCUUCAGGCCAAAGCAUUUGCACAACAUUUUUGAGGAGAAUACACUUAAGUAUGAUGGGCCUGAUACCAAGGAAGGAGUUGAAUCUUGGCUCAACAAACACCAACAUGGUUUAGUCGAUCACAGGCAGAGAGACAAUGCUGACGAUUUCAAAGCACCAUUGGUAGUUGCAUAUUACAAGGUCGAUUAUGCCAAAAACCCCAAGGGUACAAACUACUGGAGAAACAGGAUAUUGAAAGUCGCCAGCAAGUUUACAGAUGAUUUCACCUUUGCUGUCAGUUCGAAGGACGACUUCCAGCACGAACUUAAUUCCUAUGGUUAUGAUUAUGUUCCAUCUGAUAAACCACUCGUAUUAGCAAAGUCUGCUGACAACAAAAAAUAUUCUAUGACAGAAGAAUUCACAAUGGAGAACUUGGAAGAUUUCUUGAACAAACUCAAGGGUGGAGAACUUGAGCCUUACCUCAAAUCUGAGCCAGUGCCUGAAAGCAAUGACGGACCUGUUAAAGUAGCUGUUGCAAAAAAUUUUGAUGAAGUUGUAACUGGAAACGGAAAAGAUACUUUCAUAGAAUUUUAUGCACCUUGGUGUGGACAUUGCAAGAAGUUGACACCUGUUUGGGAGGAACUUGGAGAAAAGAUGGCUUCUGAAGAUGUUGAAAUUGUAAAAAUGGAUGCUACCAGCAAUGAUGUACCUCCACCAUAUGAUGUCCGUGGUUUCCCUACGUUAUAUUGGGCUCCUAAAGAUUCUAAAGAUAAACCUCUUGCCUAUAGCGGUGGUCGGGAAUUAAAUGACUUACUGAAAUAUGUGUCUAGCCAUGCUACUACUGAGUUGAAGAAUUAUGAUAGAAGUGGAAAUCCAAAAACAAAAGAUGAACUGUAAUCAGUCAAAAAGGACUUUUAUAACAAAACAAACAAAAAAAAAUUUUAAAAAAAAUUACUACAUAUUGAGUUGAGAUAAAUAGAAGUUUUGAGUGAGAAUUGUUUUAAGAAUGAGUGUAUAUGUGAUAGUGUCUAUGAAAUCCUAACACUAUUUUCUAUGCUCCGGCAUGUGAUGUCUGUAUAAAUAUAGAAUGAAUGUUUCCAUAGCCAAAUAAUAUUUUUACUAAUGAACUUUGUAUGAAAAGAAAGCUUUUUUUGUUGUUCCAAAUUUUAAAAACAGUUUGUUUGUGUUGAGUCGAUUCGUGUAACAAUUACAUUUAUGCUGUAAAGUUUUAUAAAAUGCAUUCCAAUAAUGAAAACUUGUUUCUUUGAAUUUGUAUCAAUAUAUAAAGUGAUUGUUUGUAAAAUUGUGAAAAGACUGCCGUUAUUAAAAGGUAAUUGUGUUUGCUAUUA